CUCGAACAGGUGUGUUCACAGUUGAUAUUCUGACGUUCGCUUCAUUUCGUAUAUGUAUAUAUACACAUAUUGUUAAAACUAUUCUUUAUUAAGUGAUAAGUGCAACGAACUUUUUUCUAAUCACUUAAAGUGUCUAUGAAAAAAAUUCAAGUUCAAUGUCAAAAAAAGUUUUAACCUCAAAACAAUUUAGUUCAUCUAAAAAUUUGUGAUAAUUAUACAAACUUUUGGAAAUUUUAAACACUUAUCACAUCAAGUUGGAAAUCCUGAGAAAUCAAGAUCUACUACCUUGUAAUUAAGAGUUAUUUCUAAUUAAGGAAUAAGAAAAGAAAAAAAAUCCUCAUUGAUGUAUAAUGGAAGGGAUUAUUGAUGACGAAAGUAUAAAGGAAAGUUGUAAUAUAUUAGAAAUAAAAACGAAUGAAGAAAAAUAAAAAUGAUUGUUUUCAUAAAGUGUGAAGAGAAUUUUUUCAUCACAAAAAUGAAAAUUGAUAAAUAAUAAAAUUUUUGACAAUAAAUUGAAUCUACAUGAGAGAGGAAAGGCAAGUACUGUCAUCAUUGGGUGGUGUAAAUAAAGGAAAUUAUGUCAACGACUGAACGGGUGUUUCACCUAAUAUGACCCUGACAACAGUACUCAAAACAACAACUCCUUCGUUUUGUAGCUCUUUUCAAACAAGAUGCUUUGUUCUUUUUCUGUUGGUGAGUUUUUUGCCGCCCUCAACUGCGAGAAACAAUCCACCUCGGUUCCUCACCGAUGGCCAAACGGAAAUCAUCCUCAGGCUCAAGGAAGGGCCAAAAACACCAGUUGGAAGCAUAAUACAUCGAUUAAGAGGAAUAGAUCCAGAUGGAGACGAAUUAUAUUUCGGAAUCAAAAAUCAACCCGGCAGCGAUAUUAUAAGAGUGGAAAAUUUCAAUCCAAAUGAAGCAAAUAUUUAUCUCAAUAAACCAUUGGAUAGAGAGUUACAACACGAGUAUGCACUGAUUUUGACACUAACCGAUGGAAAAUUAGGUGAAGGAAAUUAUAUAACACAGAGUCUUCUCAUAUUGGUGGAGGACAUCAAUGAUAAUAUACCAAUUUUUCGUCCCCAUCCGACGACAAUAACAAUAAAGGAAAAUUCAUCGCCCGGUGUUUUGACAACUGUCGAAGCAAACGAUGCCGAUGAAGGUGCUCACGGUCAGGUUGUUUAUUACAUUCAAGAAUUGGAUGGCGAUAAUGACAUAUUUACCAUUACCACUGUCAAUGGAAAAGGUGUUGUUCGACUCAUUGGCUCAUUGGAUUACGAAAAAAAAUAUCUUUAUCAAUUGAGAAUUCUUGCCGUGGAUCGGGCAAUCAACGAGAAGGUAAAUACAGGAACAACCGCAAUUUUAGUAAAAGUUCAGGAUGUGGAGGACCAACCUCCGGAAUUUGUUGCAAUGACCCCUGUUGCCAGAAUCAGUGAAAAUGUCAGAAUUGGAACACCUGUUUUACAAGUUCGUGCAAUUGAUGGCGACAAGGGUAUAAAUAACAAGAUAACGUACAGCAUCACUGAGGGUCCAAAACACUUGUUCGAUAUUGAACCCACUUCGGGUUUAGUGUUCACUAUAGCGCAAUUGAAUCGAGAGGCUGUUGAUAAUAGUGAUGGUACUUUUAUCUUGAAAAUUACCGUCAAAGAAAUAUCAAGUGUAGUAAUACCGCCACCAUCAGUAUCAACUGAAGUCACUGUUAUUCUCACUGACAUUAAUGACGAAACACCAACAUUUCGAAGUUCAAGAUAUAUCGCCGAAAUUAAUGAGAAUGCACCACAAAAUACACCGGUCAAUUUUAUUGGCGAUGCGAUUCCAGAAAUUUAUGAUCACGAUCUGGGGACGAAUGGAACUUUUGGAAUGUUCAUUGAUGGAGAUAAUGGAAUUUUCGACAUCACCCCAUCGCGUGGAAUCAAUGAAGCUGCAUUCUUAAUUCGUGUUAAAAAUACUUCAAAACUAGAUUUUGAAGAGAGAACUGUUGUCAAUUUUACAUUAAUUGCCAGAGAAAUUGUAACCCCAGCGGCAAAAUAUAGUAUUGUGCCAGUAACAGUUUACAUUAAGGAUCAAAAUGAUAAUUAUCCGGAAUUCACUCAGAACACAUAUGAAGUAUCGGUACCGGAAAAUUGUGAAAUUGGCUCAACAGUUGCUUGGGUGCAGGCUUUAGACGCUGACAGUGGGAAUUUUGGAACUUUCGGAAUUAGAUAUACAAAUUUGGGAGGCAGCAUCGCUCACGUAUUAUCUCUGAAUCCUUUGAGUGGCGUACUUACAGUGAAAGAAAGUGGCUCAAGUUUCGAUCGAGAAUUAGUGUCUCGACAUUAUUUAACUGUCGAGGCACGCGACGAUUUGGGAAGAGGAAAUCGAAACACAGCCCAACUUAUUGUCAAUAUUCUUGACGUUAAUGAUAAUGCGCCCGUUUUUUUGCAAAAUAAAUACGAAAUCGUUUUACUCGAGAAUGAAGAACAAUUUGAAUCGCCAUUAAUUGUUGAGGCUUUUGACAUUGAUUUGAACGGAACGAGAAACAGUGAAGUCGUUUAUUCGAUCGUAAAUAGUGAAUAUUCCCGUAAUUUUACGAUCGAUCCAACGAGAGGAAUAAUUACACCAUCAAUGCCAAUGGAUUUUGAAAAACUACCCGCCAAUAAAGGACAAAUGGAAAUAGCCAUUCGCCCCCUACGAUUGACAAUUAGAGCCAAAGAUAUGGGCACGCCAAGUUUAAGUUCCGAUGUGCCUGUAAUUAUUUAUUUCAAAGAUGUCAAUGACAAUGGACCAAAUUUUGAAAGAGCCGUUUACAAAAAAAAUAUUCCCGAAGAUGUACCCGGAGGCACGACAGUAUUACAGGUAAAAGCCUGGGACAGAGAUUUAUCAUCUCCAAACAAUAAAUUAGUAUAUCGAAUACAAAGUGGAGCUGGAGACAAAUUCGUUAUCGGACCGGAAACUGGAAUAAUUAAAGUCGCAUCUGGAUCGAAUUUAGAUCCGGAUUUAACGUCACCAAAAACAACGAGAUAUAUUUUAAAUGUAAUUGCCAUUGACAGUGGAACUGAAAUUCAACGUACGGCAAAUGUUGUUGUCAAUAUUUCCAUUAUCGACGUUAACAAUAAAUCGCCAACAUUUAUUGAUCCCGGAACAGUGACAAUUAGAGAAAAUACACAGAUUGGAGCGUAUGUUCAUCGAGUUGUAGCAAGUGAUCCUGACAUUGCGCCGAUUUUGCGGUAUAGAAUCGAUCCCAACUCAUCCGAAGCAAGAAACGAGGAAGGAACUUUGAUCCGUGUUCAAGAAUACGAUUACCUGGCGGCUCUAGAGUUGAAUGCCCUCGACGGUUUACUUCAAGUGUUACGAUUAUUGGACAGAGAGAGGGUUGAAAUUAUAAAACUUGGUCUUGUUGUUGAGGAUUUGGCAGCUGUUAAUGGACCUCAAACAGCCUCUGCUACUUUAAAUAUUAUAAUUGAGGAUGAGAAUGACAACAAUCCUCAUUUUCGAAGGCCAUUUUACAGAAGAUCAGUGACUGAAAACAGCAAAAAUGGUGUUCAUAUUGCAAGUGUCGUUGCAUAUGAUGAUGAUAAAAAUCGUACGAUAACUUAUUCACUAGAAAGUCCAAGGGAGUUAGCAGAAUUAGUUGAUAUCGAUUCAGAAACAGGAGAAAUGGUUGUUGCUAAUAAAAUAGACAGGGAACAAUAUUCUUGGAUAAAUUUAACUGUUAGAGCAACUGAUUCAGGUGUGCCGCCAAGGUCUAGUUUGGCAGAAGUUUCUAUUCAAGUGAUAGACGAAAAUGACAAUAAUCCUUUCUUCAUUAUUGACAUUCACAAUUUAACAGUUAUGGAAAAUGCAAAAAUUGGUACAGAAAUUGCAAUAAUAAUGGCAAGAGAUCCUGACAUCGAUGAUUAUGGGAAAAUUACUUAUCUACUGGAUCGAACGUCAGCACAAGGAAAGUUUGCCAUUCAUCCGGAAACUGGCUCCUUGACCGUUGCAGAUUCGCUUGACUGGGAAACAAAGAGUAAUUAUGUUCUUGUCGUAGAGGCCUGGGACAAUUAUCAAUUUGGUUACACGGCAGGAGAAUCAAGAAAUGCUUUCAAGCAAAUCGAAGUAAUUGUAAUUGACGUUAACGAUAAUGCACCAAAAAUUGAAAUUCCCAAGGAUUGCACAACUAUUUCCGAAUUUCAUGACAUGCGAGAAAAUGUGGCAGUGAUUAAAGUGAAGGAUGCAGACAAUCCUUUGACAUCAAACGGACGAGUCUCAAUAAAAAUACUCAGUGGCAAUGAAAUGGGUUUAUUUUUAUUGGAGCAAAUUGAUUAUUGGACUGCGAGAAUAAAAGCGUCGAAAUCAUUGAGAGGGAAAUUUGGAAAUUAUUCUUUAUAUCUUGAUGCCAGUGACCUUGGCAGUCCAGCCAAAUCAGAUAAUGCCAUUUUGAAUAUUUGUGUUACUGAUUACAAUGACAAUCCACCGAUAUUUAUCAGUCCCCAACAUAAUACUACAAUACGAGUUCCGGAGAAUAUAACAGUGGGUUCGGCGAUAAUUCAAGUUGAGGCUCAAGAUGCCGAUACUGGGCCAAAUGGAGAUGUUCAUUUUCGAUUAAAGCAAGAUCUGGCCGGUCACUGGCGUACUUUUGAUAUUCAGGAAAAAUCUGGUCUUGUCACACUAAAAUUUCCCUUGGAUCGAGAAAUUCAAAAAUUAUACGAGAUUCGAAUUGAAGCUUACGACAUGGGAAAACCAACGCCAUUGAGUUCUGAUCUUGACUUAAUAAUUUAUGUGCGAAAUAUAAACGAUUAUGAGCCGCAAUUUUUGGUGAAUGUAUUUAAAGUAAAUUUCACUGAAGAAGAAUUACCAGGAAUGGAAAAAAUAAUUCUACCUGAAACAAUUGACAGAGAUGAGGUUGACGAUCUUGACGAUCCUCCGACUCAAGUUUGCUACUACAUUAUCGCUGGGAAUGACGAAGGUCUUUUUCAUUUGAACAAUAAAACACACGAGUUAACAAUAUUAGAGUCGUUGGAUAGAGAAAAAGUGGAAGAACAUGUGCUUUUAAUAAAAGUUACCGAGGACUGCAGUAAUCAACCACCAAAUCAGAAUUAUUUUAAUGAUAGCGAUGAUACUUUACUGAAAGUUGUCGUGACUGUAACCGACAUUAAUGACAAUCCGCCAAAAUUCAUCAGUAAAGUUUUUACGGGAGGAGUAACAACCGAAGCUGAUUUUGGAACUCAGUUCAUGAAUGUUAAAGCAGUAGACUUGGAUAUGGAAGAAAAUUCCAAUGUUAAUUACUAUCAAAUUGGAAAAAUUCAAAUGACUCUCACAGAAGGAUUGGACGAUAUAAGAAUUCAACCAUUUUUAAUUGACAAAUUAACCGGAGCUGUGAGUUUAAAUUUCGAUCCACAACGAGGAAUGAAGGGAUAUUUUGAUUUUAUGGUUUUGGCAAAUGACACUGAUGGACUUCAAGACACAGCGCGAGUAUUCAUUUACUUACUGCGGGAGGAUCAGAGAGUGAGAUUCGUUUUACGACAACAUCCACCGGAAGUUAGAAAUCGAAUAGAAAAUUUCAGAGGAAUUCUGGGAAAUGUAACGGGCGCAAUUGUAAACGUAGACGAGUACAAAAUUCACGAAAAUCAAGAUGGAUCUGUUGACAGAACAAGGACUGAUUUAUAUCUUCAUUUGGUGAAUCGUCAGGACAAUUCAAUUUUAGAAGUGUCAGAGGUUUUGGAGCUAAUCGAUCGUAACAUUGAAAAAUUGGACGAACUUUUUAAAGAUUUUAAUGUUCUUGAUACACAAGCAGCACAGGCGCAGCCGAUAAUUCAAUAUGAACAGGCAGGCACCACUUUUUGGCUAUUGGCAAUAACUCUCUUCUUGGGGGCACUAUUGAUACUUUGCAUUGCACUGUGUCUCUCUCAAAGGGCUUCGUUUCAACGUAAACUCAAAGCUGCCAAUGCCACUCCAUUUGGCGCGACCGACUCGGAAUUUGUCAGAGGUCCUGGUAGAGUUCCUAACACAAAUAAACACAGUGUCGAGGGUUCAAAUCCAAUUUGGAUGCACGCCUAUGAAAACGAAUGGUUUAAAAGUGACGAGUCGUUUAGCCACGGAUCUGAAAGAGAUUCUUUAGACGAAAAUGCCUUAAACAAUGAAGAAAUUAUAAACGAAAGUAAUACCAACGACAGACCAACUGAAGACAAACCCUAUUACAUUCAACCAAGAGUCGCUUCUAUUUCAAGUAUGGAAACUAGCACGGACGAAGGAAAUGAAUCGCCAAUUUCAAGAAGUCAACAGGUGACGAAUAAUCCCUUAGGCAAAAAAAUUGAGACUACAGAACUUUAAGCCAUUUAUUAUAAAGGAAACUCAUUUGUAAAUAUCAUUAUGUAAUUAAAUUUUUAUAAUUGACAUAUUUUAAACAUUAAUUCAAUUAACUUUUCCUAACUAAUAUCAAACACAGAUUUAUAAAAUUAAGGAAUCUGUUAUUGUAAUUAAAAAACAUGUUUCUAAACAAAUUAUUCAGAUAAUUACAAAAUUGAAAAUAAAUGAUAAAUUAAUAAUUACAAAAUUAUAUUUUAUUAAAAAUUUUAUAAUUUUUACGAUUUACGACAAUUAUCAACUGAUAUUUUAAAAUAAUUUUGUGAAAUGUUCAUUUAAGAACAUUUAAGAACGUAU